AUGUCCCAGCAUUCCUCCGGUGGUGGCGGAGGAGGCCCCUGCCACUGUGCGCCUGAGGACUGUGACGGCCCGGGCAGAGAGUACUACCAGGGUCACAGCGAUGGCCACUAUUACCCUCCAGGAGGUCCAGCUGAUGCCCUGGCACUGGAGAGACACCAUUCCCACUCCCACUCCCACUCCCAUAGCCACUCUGGAGGGGGAACCUUCCCCCGCUCUCACCCCAGCCAGCACCCACCUCUCCAGUCGUUUGACUCUUGCGAGGAGUGCCUGUCCUCUGGCCACGGAGGGAAGAUGCAUCGCAUUCCCCCGAACCUGAUAGACCAGUUUGAAAAGCAGGUGCCCUUUCAUCCUGAUGGCUUCCACACACUGCAGUACCAGCGCACCACAAGUGGGGGUGCUGAACAGCGCAGCGAGAGCCCCUCACGUAUCCGCCAUCUGGUCAACUCUGUGCAGCGCCUCUUUGCCAAGUCCCAUUCCCUCGAGGCACCUUCCAAACGGGAGUACAACGGCACGAGAGGCGGGGACUACCGUAGCGAGAGAGGAGGAGGCCACAGGAGUGGAGGGGAGGAUGGAGGAGGCCACUACUCAGGCCACCAGCCUCGCUCUACCAGGAGGAGCAAGUCUCGAGAGCGUAGCAAGAGUGGAGACUCAAGACAUGAGUCGGGCAGACGCCACCGCAGCAGGACAGCAGGCUGGUGGAGCUCUGACGACAACCUGGACAGCGACAGCAGCUUCAUGGUCAGCGGGGGCAGACGGGGGUAUCCCAGUGGACACGAGAGCCUGGACGCAGCCAUUCAGGAGCUCACCAUGAAGAGGCCCAAGGAGCGUGGUGGUGGGCCGGCGCCUGGGGAGUGCAUGGCCUGUACCACCAUGGCUCUGACUGGGAAUGAAGGAGGGGGACACCACGGGCACCACGGCCACUCCCUGAAAAGGAGCACCUGGUCAGCCAUGACAGUUAGUCAGGCCAGGGAGGUGUACCCUUCCACCAGGGGAGGGGGCUACGACAAAGCCCUUGUUCCCGUGGAGAGUAAGCUGAAGGAGAGGACCUUCCACUACCUGCAGGUCCCGUCAGAAGACUGGGGAGGUGGAUAUGGCGGCGGUGCAGCCGAUAGCGGAGGGGAGAUCCCAUGCCGUCGCAUGCGGAGCGGCAGCUACAUCAAGGCCAUGGGUGACGAUGACAGUGCUGACUCAGACACCAGCCCCAAAGCCUCACCGAAGUCCACCCUGAUCGCCCAGAGGGAUGCCUUUAGGCGAUCUAUCAGCAUGGAUCAAAGGUACUCAUGUAAGCAGUGUACAGACUCCUACCCCAAUAGCCGAACUACACCCAAAACCCACACCCGCUCUCGUAGUUACACCCGCUCUCUGACCAGCUCACAGCUGGGAGACACGUUGAACCGCCAAUUUGAGGCGGUGUGUGAGACCAUGUUCGGAGAGGUGGAGUCUCAAGCCGUCGAGGCCCUAGAUCUUCCAGGUGUGUUCCGCACUCGCAGCCACAGCUACGUCCGCGCCAUCCAGGCCGGCUGCUCCCAGGACGAUGACUGCCUCUCCGUCUUCUCCAUGUCGGGUCCCCAGGGUAGCAUCAAGGGUGGGGCCGUCUUUCCUUAUCGUAAAGGUGCUCCUCCCCCACUCCCACCUCGCAUGUCCAAAUCUUCACUCUCGGUGCGAGCCCAGAGCAGCACUGAGUCCACCCAGGAUGCCUACUUCCAGAACAGCGGACAGUUGGCCUCAAGCUCGGGCCCCGGGCGCCCCAAGCAGCACAGCAACUCCGUGGACCUGGGUAGCUCUGACGGCCCCUCGGGUCGCUCCUCCAGAGGUGGUUACUACACUGCCACAGGCCCUGGACGUUCCCGGCAGCACAGUAACUCGGCAGAAAGCCUAGAUGGAGCAAGGGGUUCGCGGGAGCUGGUGCCAUACGGAGGGGGUCCGGGAGUUGGGGUGAGGGCCAAACACAGCAGCUCAGCUGACAGUCUGCUGGAGGGGCCACCGAGACCAGCCAGGGAGAGGGACAGCAGGGUUGGGGGCAGCCUGGGGAAGUCAGUAUCCCUGCCUCAGAACAGCAUAGUGCUGAGUAAAGCUGGGGGGCAGGACGAAGGACGUGUUGGGAGAAAGUGGAGGCCAUCCAUAGCUGUUCAGGUGGACAGCUCGGAGACUCUGUCAGAUUCAGACGCAGAGGGCAAGGCUCUGACAGAGGUCCACUCUAUAGGAGUCCAAGUAGAAGAUGACAAAAGGCGAGCUCGUUUCAAGCGGUCCAAUAGCGUGACAGCAAGCGUGCAGGCCGACCUGGACCCCGAGGGCUUCCCGGCACUCAGCAUUGCUGUGCCAACACAGGACAAGAGUCUCCAGUUCGGCUGCUCCUUCCAACGGCACUCAUCAGAGCCGGAGUCCGCCAGCCAGUACACAGAGUGCCACCGCACAGUCCACACACAGGGACAAUGGGCCUACAGAGAGGACUUUAUCCAGAGUGGCUAUACCACUGAACCCUGCCCGGCAGACCCACGGCCCCACCAGCACCCACACCUGCCUCCACGUUCCCACUCCCCUCUGCCCAUUACUGAGAGAGCCUGGGCCGGUACGCCGUCCCUAGAGGGCCCCCGCAGCCUGCCCGACUCAGGUCGAGCCUCUCCCUGCAUGAGAGACGGAGAGUUCUUCUUACGCCUCCUGCAGACGGAGGUGGAGAGGAUGGAGGGCUGGUGCCAGAACAUGGAGAGAGAGGCUGAGGAGAACGAACUGCCAGAGGAGAUUCUUGAGCUGAUUCGAAAUGCAGUUGGCAGUGCCCAGAUGCUCAUGUCUCAGAAAGUUCAGCAGUUCUUCCGCCUCUGCCAACAAAGUGUGGACCCAUCAGCAUACCCCCAGCCCACCUCUCAGGACCUGGCAGGCUUUUGGGACCUGCUCCAGCUCAACAUAGAGGACGUCAGGGUCAAGUUUCAGGACCUCCAGAGGCUGAAGGACUCUAAUUGGAGGCUCCCACCUGAAAAGAAGGAGGAUAAGAAGCUUCCUCCUCCCUUACCAAAGAAGCCAGCAGGCGGGGUGAGUGGCAGCCUCCGUGCUGAUAGUGGCGGGGAUGGGGGCGCCGGAGGUGGAGGAGGUGGGUCGGGGGGCCUGGUGGUGCCUCGCCUGGGUGGACAUACCCUACCCAUCAGGGAGAAGUCCCUGGACCUCGGGGACCGUCAGAGGACAGAAGCGAGGAGGAGGCUGCUGCAGACCAAGCGUGCUGCCUCUUUCAGGCAGAACUCGGCCACAGAGAGCGCCGACAGCAUCGAGAUCUACAUCCCCGAAGCCCAGACUCGACUCUGA